UCCGCGGUCACACCGGUGACGUGGUUUGGUUACAACAAACGAAUCGCAUCCCAGAAACCCACAAUCCGCCCGUUGCAACUUAGUUUUCACCGCCAGCGAUGUCCCAUCAUACGUGCAUACAUUGGCUAAUUUGAGACAGAGACUAUUCGGCAAUCCAGGGAAUCGGAGGAGAAGGCACAGAAGGCACUGUUCGAUCAGCUGAGUUGUGAAAUCGAGAGGACGGGAGAUUGGGACUGGGACGCUCCGACUCAAACUUCACCCAUUGGACUGGACUGGUUUGGUUUGGAUCGGAUCGGAUGGAAAUAGGGCCACAUCAGAAAUAAGUAGCUACUUAGCCAACGAGAGAAGGCGGCCGCAAAGAGCAGCCGUGGCCAAAGCAACUGAGACCCAAUCCCACGGAUAAUCGUAACCAGGAUCAACCGGAGCCAUGGCGUUGCUGACCAUGAUAGCCAGGGUCAUCGAUGGCCUCCCUCUGGUGGGGACCAUGCAGGAUGACGAGCAGAGCGGACGCAGCAUACUGGACUACCAAAACCAGGCCAAGAUGCUUUUCCGCAAGCUGGGCACCCACUCACCAGCACGAAGCAGCAUCGAGACAGGACCCUACCUAUUCCACUACCUAAUCGAGAACGACGUCUGCUACCUGGUGAUGGUGGACAAGAUGUACUCGAAGCGACUGGCCUUCAAUUACCUGGAGGACCUGGCCCAGGAGUUCCAUGCCAACUACGGCAGGCGGGUCAAUUCGGUGACGCGGCCAUACGCAUUCAUCGAGUUCGACGUGUACAUACAGAAGGCCAAAAAGCAGUUGACCGACCGCAGGCGCAACAUCAGCAGCAUCAACACACAGCUGCAGGAUGUGCAGCGGAUCAUGGUGCAAAACAUUGACGACGUGCUCCAACGUGGCACAGUACUGGCGGAACUCGACAGCAAGACCCAGAACCUGUCGAUGAUGUCGCAGAAGUACAAGAAAGACGCCAAGCUGCUUAACCGCAAGUCCAUGUACGCGAAGGCUGCCGCCGUGGGCAUCAUAUUCCUAGUGUUCAUCCUGUACUUCUGGGUUCUGUAAUAUUCGCUAGCGGAUUCAGCCCAGUCGUGUGUUUUGACCCUUGGUCACUUGGAGGAGCGGUGCGUUCUCUGCCGCAUGUCGAGCGUCAAAGACGCACGGCCGAAAGACAUUUAGAUUACGCGUACACCUGACACCUGUACCCCAGAAUGCACACACACACGCACUUCCCAUAUAUGAUUCAUAAUCAGGCAAAAAAACGUAUGAGGCUUGUUUAACUUUACUUUGCAACUUACCUUUGCCUUCUGUACGUUCUUAUAUUCCAUUAACUAUUAACUCUCGUUCCUUCGCCCAUUUCAUUUCGCUUAACGCUCCCUUCUCUUGCGCAGGUUUUCUGCAUAUUUGAUUACCAUUCGACGAUGACCUUUGAGCCACGACGGGCGAUGCCGACCCAAAUCAUUAAAUUAUAAACACCAAGCCGGUCUGAUCCGUGUGUGUGUGUGUGAAUAUAUAAAUGUCUAGAUUGUAGAUGGAAUCGCUGCGCCGGUAGAAACAUAGCAUAGCGAAUUCGGCCGGGGUUAUUGAUAUAAACUGAAAAAAAAACAGAGCAAGGAAAACGAAAAGAAAGGAAACGGUAACAGUUUUAGGCAAUUUAUAUGUAUAAAAUUAAGGCAAAUAAAUCAAUUUACAUUGUUUAAUAAAAAGACAAAAGUGUGAGCUCUA